GAUUCCACUCCCAGUCUGUAACGUCACUCAGCUCGGAAACGCUUGGCUUCGGUCCCGGUUUGCCGCAAUCUCAGUGGAUUGCAACUCAGAGCGGGCGGACCGUGGGAUAGGUGGGCAACCUCAGGCAGACAAGAAUGCCUGCGCCUGCGACGAAUUACAUCUACCAAAAACUGGACGAAAAGUGCACGGCCGUUAAAAAGAGAAAAUGGCACAUCGUUACGCUCUUGUUGGGAUUUAUAGCUGUUGCUGAAAUGUGUGUAACGUGCUACUUUUUCUGCUAUUUCACGGAUCAGAUUGACCAGAUGCAGCAGAAAUUAAAUUCUGAUAAUUAUCCAGAACGAUGUCUUCAGUACUUGAAUUCCUACAUUGAUAAUUUAAGAGACAAUGACAUGAUCAUUGAAGAUUUUAUGUGUGACAGAUGGAUCAAGAAUGUUAACUUGCUGAUCAGUCAGCAUCUGCAAUCUGAUGUGAGGAACUUGAUAUACAAGGAAUUGAAAGCACACAAUGCAACAUCCAUGGGUCCUGGAAAACCAGCUAUCCAUUUAAUUGGACAGCACAGAAGCAAGCCUCCAAAGAGUGUGCCACCUUAUUUUGCCCGUGCAGAUGGACAUGAUAUCCUCUACUGGAACAACAUAAAAGGAUAUGCAGUACAUCAAGGUGGCAUAAAAUAUCAUCAUGGAGAAAUUACUAUUCCAAGAAAUGGCAUCUACUACAUAUACUCCCAAAUUUAUUUUUGGCAUAUACCAGAACCAGAUGGAGAGAAUCAACAGUACAAUCUCUUUCUGCAGUACCUUUACAAGAUGUCCAUGAAUUAUAAUGACCCUAUUCUUCUAACAAAAGCUAUUUCUACAAAAUGUUGGUCAAGAGAGUCCAAAUUUGAUGCAUACACAAGUUUUCAGGGAGCUCUGUUUGAACUGCAGCAAGGGGACAAACUAUUCAUAAAAGUAACAAAUGCAAGUGCUGUAGAUGUUAAUGAAGGGGCAACAUAUUUUGGUGCUUUCAUGAUUUUUUAGAUUUAACAAUUAAACCUGUGGUUACAUCAGUUCAAACUGAAAUUUUGUAUAACAAUAACUGACAUUAAAAGUCAAUUACAAUUUAAGAGUCAGUUAUGGUUUCAGGUCUGCUAUAUCCCUAAAUGCACGAAUACAACCUCAUAAUCAGAAAAAGAUACAAAAUAAAGUAUUUAAUGUCUUAUAGAUUUCUCCUGCUGUUUACAUUUAAAAAAAACAGGAAAUUGAGGGAUAUGGGAACAGUGAGUAAUGAGACUAGGGCUACUUGCUGGUAAAAUUAUCCACAUGAAUAUAAGGAAUACACAAUUUGAUUGCAAAUGCACAAAGGUAAGUUUCUGCUGUGUUAAGUACUGAAUCCAAGUCAUAUAUAAUGGAUACAUCUAAGCCUGAUGAAAUGCAUGGAUUGAGUCAAUUGAUCUAUUAUCAAACAAUGGAGAAACUCUGGAACCAGUAAGUGAAACAGUAAAUUGUGAAUUUUGGAAGUGAACUGUAGGUGAGGUAGCACUCAAAAGGGGAAAGAGGGUUGCCAGUUGGCAUCCUCGCCCAGGUUUUGCAAUUACCGGCAUUUCUUCUAUCACUCAGUGACCUGCAGCCAGCUGCAUAUUGACAAAAACAAGAGACAGUUUUUAUAAAUCCCAUAAUUGUAUGAGCGAUUAUAAUUUUAGAUGAGGUCUUUAUUUUGAAAUUUGCUUUAGACAGUGCUCAAGUGAGCUUACAGCUUAGAAAUCAUGUGUUUUUGAUUCCAAAAGGAUAGAACAUUUUGAAUACAAUUGUAUAGGAUCCAUGACAACAAAAAAACAUCACAAUGGUAUUUAUCUCAUGAGGAGGAGAUCUGUAUCAGCUGCUUUGGCUUUGGGUUAUGAUGUUUUGCUUUAUUCUGCUGCACUGUGAAUUGGUAAAAUGGGAAUCUUAAUUGUUGAGUUUGCUACAUGGAAAGAUUGUAAAGUUGGCACAGCCACAGGGAGGGAAUGAUCUUGGUUCUCGCUUUAUGAGGAAGAAUACAAAAAUUGAGGCAAGAUGCCCACAAGCUGACAUGACAUGCCUCUCAAUGGCAAUCUUGACAGUACUGUGUAAGUUGCUUGAAACAAGCACCUGUCUGCAGGAUCAUGUUUCU